AUGCAGAGAAACCUAACAGUGGUUACAGAGUUUUUCAUCUUAGGAUUCCAAGGCAGCCAGCAUCUAAGGAAUACUCUAUUCCUUCUUUUUCUUCUAGUUUAUGGAGCAACAAUAUGUGGGAAUCUCCUGAUCAUCACCCUGGUGUCCACCAGUAGAAACCUUCACACUCCAAUGUACUUUUUCAUCUCACAGCUGUCUAUCAGUGACAUCUUGGUUACCACAGAUAUUGUCCCCAACAUGCUCCACAUUCUAUUAGCAAAUGGGGGAAAAAUUAAUUUUAUUGGAUGUAUUAGUCAGUUUUACUUCUUUGAUGUCUCAGAAGGAUUUGAAUGUCUUCUCCUCACAGUGAUGUCUUAUGACAGAUAUGUGGCCAUCUGUAAUCCCCUCCGUUAUACUUCAAUCAUGACAAGUGCUUAUUGUGUAAAAUUAGUUGCUUUUUCUUGGUUAUUAUCUAUUUUUGUUGCAUUCAUUGACACCCUAGCUGCAUCAAAGCUGACUUUUUGUGGACCAACAAUUAUUGACCAUUUCUUCUGUGAUCUUAUGCCCUUAGAGGAAAUGGCCUGUUCUGGUACCUUCAUUAUUCAACUAAUAGUUUAUGCACAGAGUAUCCCUUUAAUUAUUAUUCCAACUAUAGUAAUUAUAGAUUGUUAUAUUAAUAUUGGUGUUACCAUAUUAAAGAUUCCUUCCAAUAUUGGUAGGCAGAAAGCCUUCUCCACCUGUAGCUCUCACCUCACCGUGGUCUCCAUAUUUUACUGGACCUUGUUCAGUAUUUAUAUUUUCCCAACAAAAGGGAAAUCAUCAAUCAUCAGUAAAAUCCUAUCCCUGCUGUAUACUCUAUUUACCUCAUUGAUCAACCCCAUUAUAUACAGUCUAAGAAAUAAAGACAUUAGGAAAGCCGUACAGGAAAAAAAUCUUAAAUAUAAACUCAAUAAAAUUAGAUAG